AUGCCGCGCCCGGCGCUUCGUCGACGGCACCUCAACCGAAAUGCGCCCACUCCACGCCAUGGUGGAAAGAUCCCCAACAGCAGUCCGGCCAAGCUGGAACUCGAGAAGAAGCUUGCGCAUAAGCCAGUAGGACAAAGGCCGACCGAUAGCGAUGACAGCGAUAGGCUCGUUGUCAAGGGAAAUGGGAGAAGGGCUCGGCAGCCGCAGGAAAUCUUUGCUUCUGGGGCGGUGGGAAAAGGCGACACACCUGGCGCGUAUCCCAGUCGGGCACAGAGAAGAAAGAAUAUGAUCAGGGAUACCAGAGAGAUACUUGCGAGCGCGCAGCAGAGCUCGGAGAAUUCACCCGAUCCGAAUCCAAAGCAGCCUCGACAAAACGAAACUGCUCCACUCACAAAUGGGAAGGUCCGUAAAGUGUCAGGCACCAAGCAGGAUGUAUCAGCGCAGACCCCAGCAGUAGUAUCCUCUGCUCUCAAACCGUCGGCAGCUCUUCCAGGAUCAGUACAGCCUACUCCGUCAAGAGAGACAUCGAUCCUGGGGAUUUUGAAACCGAGGCGGAGACAACCUAGUAUAUUGCAAGACCUCGGCAACGAGUCAUCCACCUUUGACCUUGCGGAUGAAGAACAAUUCCUCCCUGACGAUGAAUCGACACCGUAUAACUUGUCGAAAUCUCACAAUGUUCCGAUCACCCCGGCCACACACUCCUCACAACCCUCGACAGCAUCAUCGAAGAAAAGGAAAUUCGGAUCUUCCGAUCCUGUGCAAUCGCACGUAGACGAGAGACGAACCAAGUCCCCUCUUGUCACGAUGGACGCUACAACCGUGUCACCAGAACCCUCUCUCCCACCCAUGCCAGUAUCUGCUCUUCGACAAUCGGGCAGAAAGUACAGAGAACGCGCCGAAAGGCAUGACGACAUCCUAGCUCCUCCCGAAAGCUGUUCAUCGUCGCCAUCAUCCCCAGCGAAGGUGUCCACAGCCCUGUCGGUGAAGAAGAUAACUACGAAAUCAAGCAGACCUGGCAACACCAUGACCACGGAACAACUCCGGGCGCUCAUGAUGCCCACCAAACGACGGAAAACCACGAGAGAACGCAAGGGUGUUUUGGGCGAAUUUGAUAUUCCCGCGGACCCUGACACGAAUUUGGACGACAUUGGGAUUUUCGAUGACGGCGACGGCGACGAGUCGAGUUUCCUCCCUACCCAGAGGAAGAGUCGCAAGACAAGGGCUAAGCCUGGCAGAAGGAAACCCCUGAAGGCUUCUUCUGCUGAUGCUGGUGCUGUUGCUAAGCCAGCCAAUCUGAACAAGCAGGCCACUGCUGCCGCUGCACGUGCAGCAAAAUCAAAGACCAAGUCAAGUACGGAACAUUUCACUGCUACCACCGCGCCUGUCCUCACGCCCUCCACCUCUACUGCCACUACUAGAUUGUAUUCAAGAAGGAACCGCGAAACUAAGUCUCCGUCACAGCUCCGAACCAUCAACUUUUCCACGUCGGUCCCGGCGUCGGUCGAAGUCCAAGUCGAAAAUCCCACAAAGUCAUAUGGUGGCUCCCACCUUCGGCGCAGCGGUCGACAAAGGCGAGAUACAGCGGACAAGGAAAAUCGCAUACCCGAGGAUUUCUCGUCAAACGAAUCGUCCUUGUAUGAUGGCGACGGUGGACGUGGACGAUCUGGCGUGGCGGUGGACGUGGAGGAGGAGCGGGAUAAGGACAAGGAUAGGCAGGAGAAUGUGAGAGGAAAGUCUAGUAGUGUUCUCCGUAACGGCAACAAGGGCGGCAGCAGCAAAUGGGCAGACAUUGACGCUUGGGAUAUGGAUUUUGAAGAUGUCGAAGUCACGACUGGAUCUACUAGUGGCAGUUCACCCAUGAGGUGGUGA